AAAUAUGAAAAGGCGUGUAACGAUCUUUCCAGCAGCAGCCAAAUACAAAUAUGCAACGGCGCAACGUCUUCGACUCUCUUAUUUUUUCCACUCCCCAAACAACGAUUUUUAGGGUUUUCAUUCCAAUCGCUGUUCCUCCCGACUUCUACUCUCCAUCUUCUUUUUUUUUCAAUAUUCAAAUAUUGACUCGCAUUAUUAAGUUGAUAAUCUGAAGGCGAUUGUGAGUGUUGUUGAGUAAAUCAAGUAUCUGAUAAAGUGAUUUUCUUAUGGAUUUGAAGAAAGCAAAAAUGGUUUCUUGGGCUUCUGGACCUAAUCUUUGUCAGGUAAAACAUUAUCAAGAAGAGGAUUUCCCAUCAAAAGUCAGUAGGGGAUCUCAACAUCUUCUUCAGCUGCUACAAGGGCGGCUUUCUUACAAUUUUUUGGCUAAAUGGAAAUGCCCUCCCAAGUUUAACUUGAAUGAGAAAUGGCGUGUGGUUGCGGGUGAAGAAAGUAAAGAAGCAGGAGAUCAGGAGCAUAGAGAAAAGACAGUGCUUGAGGUGGUUUUUCCUUCUCAGUCUGCAAUUCCUCCGAAUCCUUGCACCUCAUCGGAUCUGGACCAAAAUUAUGAUGAUAUCCGAACUCCAGCAAUCCGAAUCAUUCCUAUUGAAGAAGAAGCAGAUGUACAAGUUCCAUCCCGAACCAUCAGCAGCAAAUCGCCAGAUGCAUGUCUACUUAACAGUUCCUCAACAUCUGUCAGUAUAGUUACAUCUCAAAAGCUACCUGCUAAUGAAAAAUCACUUCCCCAGUCUUUAUCAACCCUCCAAAAUCCCAGGAAACCUUCAAACAACUCUCCUCUUUCUGCAAAAUGGCCUUCUAACGUUCAAUCUACUCUUCCAUAUCUUUCAAGAUGUCGAAAUCUGAAGGGAUCUGAGCAAAACAAAAUUUCUCCUAAACCACCAGUUGUUCCCCAGUUUCAGCCGACAUUUAAAAAUAUCAGCACUCAAGACCAGACUGAAAUUUAUCCAGACCAACGAGCUAAUCAAAGCUAUGGGCCCAAAGAUCAAAGAAUAUGUGAAAAACAGAAUAUUCCCCAGCACAAGUUUGAAGUUUCUGGAAUGCCACCUGCUAAGCACAACCCUGUCACCCAACACAUUCUUGGUUCUGAGGGUGAUUUGACAGUUGUUAUCGCCACAGCUGUAGCUGCUCUUGCAAAAAGUCAAGAACAUGAUAAUCUGAUCGAUACCAACUUAUUAGUUGGGCUUCUCCUUAACCCAAAAGAAAUACCAAAGCUGGUGAAUGAACGUGGACUGGCUACCAAUGCCAAAACUAGUGCUGCAACAAUUGAUUCUCUUGUUGCUGUCAUGUCUAGACCAGUGGAUCUACCGGUUCCCUUGCCUAGGACAAAACCCGAUCAGGUAAUUAUCAAGCCCAUUAAUGAAUACCAAGCUCCCCAUGCAGGACCUGGACCAAUUUUGGGGCCAAGGCCAAUGGCAAAAUCUGUGCCCUUGACGAUGACUAAGCCUGAAACAUCUGUGAAUAGUAAUUUGGUUAAUGAACAAAGGCCCCCUCCUCAUGUGGGAACUGCAAACAUUAGAGAGAGUAAGUCACUAGCUCACUCCACUUCAGACCUAAAUCUGGAAAAGAUUAAGAAAUUGAUCAACAAAUAUGGAACACCUGACAAUGUAGGAGGAAAGCCCUGGGUUAAAUCUGAGUUGGUUCCUUCUUCUUGUUCCAAAUAUGAUGUGGUUUUACCCAAUGUUGGACAUUCAUACCCUUUCUCCUCGAUGACCAGUCCUACCCCUCUUCACAAGGAUAUCAAUUACUGCAAGUCCCUAAUCAAGCAACAUGGAGAAAUUUGUGAGUCUGCAGUUGAUGAGCGUUUGCAAAAUACCAAUCCUCGUGGUAAUUAUACACGGGUGCCAGGUUUGUUGAUGAACAAAAAACAGAUUCAGUGCAGUUCAACGCGUUGUGUUUUCUUUAAUAAACCUAGAGGAUGUCGUAAUGGUUCCUCUUGUCCCUUCCUGCAUGAUAUAUCCGGACAAAAGAGGUCUGGGGGGAUUUUGGAAGCUCGGGAUUUAAAGAGAAUGUCGUAAGUGAGGACCUUACUAGUAGGACAUGACUCGAGAGGUAUUUUUUUUUCUUUUUAUACAGAAAACUAGUGAAAUGUACAGCUGUUAGAACAAAAGCUCUUUAAAACUUGGAUUAAAAUUUUAGAAUCUGAAAAACAUGAAUCCAGUAUGAAGUUGGAUGGAGCAGUUUUUGCCUU